AGAACAAUAAUACAUUAAAUAAUAAAUAUUUAUUCAAAAAUUAACAUGCGAGCAACAACUGAUGAUGAUCCAUAUGCUCAUGUAGCAAAAGGACCAUUGAAACUUAAAAAUGAUCAAAGUGUGAUUAAAAAAAAAAAGAAUAAAGAAGGUAAAAAGAAGAAAUUAGUAGAAGUGACAAAAAUUAUGGAAGAAGAACAAUCUAAGGUAAUAGAAAUUAAACGAACAAAAGCUGAAAUAGCAUUUCAAAAAAUGCAAGAAAAGAUGCAAACUGAACGAAUAAAACAAAAAGCUUCAAUGACACACAAACAACGGGUAGAAGAAUUUAAUAGACAUUUAGACAGUUUAACAGAACACUUUGAUAUACCAAAAGUCAGCUGGACAAAAUAAAUUCUUUCUAUGCUUUAUGUUAUACUAUAUUUAUACAUAAAAUUUAAGCAUAAAUAAUGUAAUACUUAAUUACAUUAGAUUAUUCUUAGAUAAAAUUUUUCACAAGAUUAUUCUUUAUUGUAAAUUUUUUUAUAAAAGUACAUUAAUUAUUAAAUUCAGAUUGUCAUAAAAAAUUGUAGUUGUAAAAUGGAUGGAUUCUUCUCACUAAAGCUUAUUGCUAUUCUAUUGAUUAAUAAAAAAUAUAAUUUUUAAGUAUAAGGCACAUUUUUUUAAUGCACUUCAUAUUGUAACAUAUAUAUAAUGAGUAUUAUAUAUUACAAUGUAUAGUAAAUAUCUCUUUGAAUUUAAGAUAUUCAAUAAAUAAGUGCAUUAUGUAUAUGUAUAUUUGUCUCUAAUUAUUCAUGUCUAAUAAACGAUAUGUACACAUAUGGACGGAACUGAUUAAUAAAAGGGAUUAAUAUACUAUGUUUAAA